AUGAUUAGAGACUAUAGGUGCCUGGUGGAGGCGGCAACCCAUCUUGAGAACAAUAUGCAAGCAGAGAAGAAGAGGAUGAGGGGCUCCAAGAGGAGUCAGGAUAGUCAGGGGGACGGGAAGAGGCAGAGGGGUUCUAACCCUCAGUCGUCCCAGGGAGCUCAGUUGAGGCGAUUAGUGCAAGAAUCAGAGAUCUUAACAAUUGAAGUGAAGCCAGGGUGGAAGAAAGGAACGAAGAUCACUUUCCCAGACAAAGGGAAUGAGCAGCUAAACCAGCUGCCAGCAGACCUCGUAUUCGUGAUUGAUGAGAAGCCCCACAGCAUUUUCACACGAGACAGCAAUGACCUCAUCAUGAGCCAUAGGGUGACAUUGGCAGAGGCUCUGGGCGGGACCACAGUGAGUCUCACUACACUUGAUGGACGUAACUUGUUGAUCCCAGUAACUGACCUUGUGAGCCCCGCUUAUGAGAUGGUGGUUGCCCGGGAGGGAAUGCCAAUCACCAAGGAGCGUGGUAAUAGAGGUGAUUUGAGGAUCAAGUUUGAAGUGAAGUUUCCAACAAAAUUGACACCAGAGCAACGAUCAGGGCUCAGGAGAGUUCUAGGUGGCUAUUACAUGUGUUGUGCUUUUGAUAUAAAUGUAUAUCUGAUGUCGGGAUGUGGUGGUGGUAGGCGUGAUAGGCCUAGACGGCAGGAGAUGCCAAUACCAGAUGAUAUUCCGGCACAGGAGGAGGGUGUUAGUCAGGCCAACGUGGCCGAACUAGUUAGUCAACAGGCCAUGGAUGCCUUAGCUCGCGAGAUGGCUGGAGCAUUGCGAGAGUCCAUGGACAUUCUUAGGGUUGAGAAUCAAGUCUAG